AUGUCCGUCUUAACUCUCUAUGAAUCAUUCAUAUCAGCAUUUUUGUACUAUUGUGUUAUAUUUCUAACAAGUGAACUAUCCAGACGGGCUGUGGAUCGUGCAUUUGCAAAAUCAUCAACGAUUCAUGUUUUCUUUAUUGAACUUAUAGGUACAGUAACUAUAUGUACUUGUGUAUUUGAGAAUGGAGUUAUCAUUGUCAACUAUGGCAUUGGAGCUUUCUUCAUCGUUUCAACUGUCUUAGGAUUCUUAUUUGGAACAUUAGGACGUGGUGCUUAUGGAAAUCCAAUGGCACCUCUCGAACAAUACUUCUACGGAGAGAUGAAAGGAUCGCGAUUGACUUUACUUGUUUUGGCUCAAAUAGUUGGAGGCAUUAUGUCAUGGCGGAUAACAACAGAGUUAUGGAGAUAUUCACUUCCAUAUGCUCCCAGUCAUGAAAUGUUUUAUAAUAAUAGCUUACAAGCAUGCCAUUUAACAUACCAUCAACCACAUCUAUACAUGAUAGCAUUUGAAAUCUGCGGAACGUUUGUUAUGAGGACUGUCUUUCCACGCAUAGCUGCUUGGGCAAUUCCCGCCUUCAUUUCAGCCAUUUUCUCCUUUGCCAUAAGCUAUAUGGGUGAUGCUGGAUUAGAUCCAAUUGUCUCAUCAACUCUAUUCUUCGGAUGUCAUGGAGUAUCGCAACAGAUUUUCAUGUUCCAAUAUUGGAUAUGUCCAAUCAUCGGAUGGUUAUCAGCUGCAUACAUAGAUCGUUCAUUUGCCAAAAAGCCAACAAAAAAAGCAAAGAAACAAAAACAAAACUAA